AUGAUACCUGAAUCCCAUCCAACCAUCGCCCUCGUCCCGAUCAACCUCCACAAUCCAUCCGAAUAUAAAGAACUGCAACAACAACGAGUCAUCUGCGGAUGGAGCUUCUCCGAUAACACCCUGAACUCUUACCGCGAAAAACAAGAUCAAAAACUCAAAUCCUUUUUCUGGAUCACCAUCGCCACUCCCGAGCCUUCCUCCACCACUGCAGACCCAUCCAUAAUCCGAGCAGGUCAUAUAUCUCUGGACUCUUACGCGGAUCCGCCGGACCCUGAACUCGCAGCGGCGGAUAGAUCCGUGCUCACUAUUCAGAACCUCUUCGUGCUGCACGAGUAUCGCAAGGGAGGCGUUGCGCAUGUCGCUAUGGAUAUGGUGGAGGAUAUGGCGUCGAGGGAACCAUAUGGAAGUACGGACUGUCGGUUUGUCACUGUUAAUACGAUGAGUAAGAAAUAUGUGUAUCAGGAAGGUCCAGAGUGGAGGGGUCUAUGGGAUCAAAUUGGGGAGACGAGGCCCACGUUCAGUGUUCAGGACUGGUAUGAGAGAAGGGGAGCAAGUGAAGGUCUUGGCAAGACUAUCGUUGAGCUAGUUCAACUAGUCCAGCAGGAAUGCUCCUCGCCCCAGACUAUGGAGCAUGCCGAACUAGACCCUCGCAAGACUCGCAAGAUGUUCCUAUUCAAAACAGCCUCAUAUCCCAACCAAUCCUCUAGGUCAUCAAAUCCAAUAAAUGCAGAGUGA